GUCUCAUUUUUAGUUUUUCUGUUUUUUCCUCUCCCAGUGGCUGAGUCAACUGAGCUACCGGGUGUCAAAUGCAAGGAGCCAGUACUUGCAACAGUAAAAGUUGAUCCCCAGCAUAGAUUCCGACCUUUUUAUGUCCGACUCCACCGAUGUGAGGGUUCGUGGAAGGAGGUCAAUCCGAAAAUCAAGAAGUGCGUUGCCACUGGCCAAAAGGAAAUCAACAUAAAAGUGUUUUCAUUUGAGAGACACAGAUAUGAAUUUCGUCGUGUGUAUAACCACACAAGCUGCGGUGCAGAGUGUACGACAGGUGGCCCAGAUAAAUGCGACCUUCGGGUGGAGAGGUGGAAUGAAGAAACCUGUAAAUGUGACUGUAAGUUUGACGACGCACCACCACCUUACAUCAUGAAACAAAAGAAAGACUCUAGGUGAGAACUCAUACAUACAGUCAAACCUCUAUUUACCUGUGUAUUAAGCGGCCGCUUGUCAAAUCCAAGUUCACGGUUUAUUUGACCUGUAUUUAGUGGUCAUCUCCAUCAGGUAGGAGCGGUCACCUUCUAGAAUUUUAGUUGGAUAACAGUGCGAUGUUUUGACAAGGUAAACAAAGCAAUUCCACUUGUUAAACACAUUAUAUAACAUACAUAUUGUAAACAAAGGAGGCAGCGUGGCCGUGGCACGCUCUCGCCACUUGCUGGAGUUGUUCGCGGUCGUUCCGAGCUCAAAUUCUCUACUACGCUUGUAAAUAACCAACUGGUUGCCUUCUGUUAGAAUGCAUCUUUUAUAGCGGCGGUCAUCUAACUAUUUCGCGAGGAUGACCGACUGUAUGUUACAAACGGAAGUACACAAGGAAGUUACUUGUGGAUCGGCUAGCUUGGGUUCAUAUACCGUAAAUCCUGUGUUAAGCCCCCCUUUCAAAUGAGCCCCUCUCUCUAAUAACCCCCCGCCCCCUCUAAGAAGCUCCCCCUCUCUUUUAAGCCCCCCUCUCUUCAUCCCUAUUAUUCUUCAAUAAAAGAAUGAUAGACUGUAUUCACUGUAGACUGUAAAACCUCGUGUGGACUGAUCCAGGAUGAAUUAUUCACCACCUGGAAGCUCGGAUUUGUUUUGAUCUUUGGCUGGAUGACCUUCAACCUUUUGUACUUCAGCGUUUCCACUUUGCAUUCUAUUUUUUUACGGAGAACGGAUGCCAUUGCCUUAGCUAAACUAAAUAAGCCCCCUCUCUCAAAUAUGCCCCCGUGUCUAUUAGCCCCACCUCAAAUGGGCUUGAAAUAAAGACGAUUUUACGGCAUUUAAAUUUUACUUUUCCACUCGUCGCUCGUGCGUUUUCUACCACUUCACUACGUGUCCAUUUUAUCUCUAACACCUGUGGAGAUUUUUGGUUUUAGUAUUUUACAAGAUAGCGUUUUCUCUCGCUCGGUAACCUGAGAUCAGGCGCUUUUUUCUUUUUUUUUUUUUGCUUAGAGAGUUAAAGGGGUGAUAGGGAAAGGGCAUGAUCUCAGGCUACUCGCUCGGUCGCAUUUUUGCCCAGAAAUAAGCUAUUUCCGAGUUUCAAAAACUCUUGCCUAGUUUUAAAACGAGGCAACUGCAAAACCUGUCGUGUGAAACUGAGCUUAAGACAAAGCAGUUGAGGCAGCUCGAAAUUGACCUACUCAUCUCAAGUUGCCGUUCUAGCCACUCCCGUUCGAGUUGCCGAGAGCUCCAAGAGUUUCUAUCCCAAUCCAGAUGGAAGGAUUAGAGGCAAUUCGUUACAGACAAGUGAUCAUAAGUGGAUCUAGUUGGAAUUAGAAACGGGGCUCCCUUUUUAUCGUUUCCUACUUUUUCCUUCUCAUUUCAUGGACGUGUGCUUUUUCCUCCCUCAGGUGGAAUAAACACCUUUGUAAAUAUCAAUGCAAUAGAUCGCCAUUUGUCUGCUCACGAAAAAAGGUAAGAAGGCUUUAUUAAAUGCUAGAAAUUUUAAACUUAAAGCCCAUUUUAGUGGCCUGCAUCUUCCAGAAUAACAGUCAAUUUUCGGAAAGUGAACAUGAUCUUCACAGUAGAAUGAACAAUGGAGCUAAGGGACUGAAAAUAAUUAUAAACCCCAAAGGAGUUGCUUGUUCAGCAGCUCAGUAUUCAUCUUAACAUUUGUAACCCAUUUAGGUAGCUUCACACCAAUAGACGAAAACUGGAAUACAACCGGGUGAUUACAGAAUUGCUAUCACACAAAAUCUGUACGGGGACCCAAUUGCACUGUAUUAAAACAAGCGGGGGCGGGUCGGACAGACGCCUGUCUAAAUACCCGGUCAUUAGCUGUUGUUUCUGCCUUUCUUCGGUCAUUUUCAUUGGUUCUUUAUAAUCGGGAAGUGCUCUCUUAACGCCGAAAGAAGAUCCCAAAGAUGUCCAUUUCAAUGACACUUUACUGUAGUUGCUGUUGCUCGAGUGAGGUUCGUUUAUGCAGAUCCCCUCUGUACCGAUAUCAAACUAAGUGUACUGUAAAAGUGAAAUGAGCUGUAAGUACUUUUAUAUGCUUAUCCUUCUACAGGAAUUGGACCGUAAGACAUGUUCCUGUGUCUGCAAAGGGUAUUACAAGCGUAUCUGCGAGAACAAAAAUGAUCACCUAGACCCUGACACUUGUGAAUGCGUUGAGAGUCGUGCAUCACAUGAAAUGUGUAAAAGUAAGUCGAAUCAGUCAUGGCCUUUUUUAAAAAGAUUGCAUAUUUCCAAUAAACCUUGACGUUUUCUCGAACUGACUGACUGACCUACUGUAUAACUGGGCCGAGUUGUCCGAAGGCUGAUUAGCGCUUAACCCCGGGUUAAAAUUAACCCGGGUUUCUUUAUCUUGCGUUCAAAAGCAUUUUCGCGGAUAAUUUUCUGUGCUAUUUUUAGAGCUUCCAAUCAUCAACUUGUAGACAAAAAAAAUUAAAGCUGAAAUGCUUUUUAAGCUUUCAAAUCUUAAUUCAAAUCUCGCACUAACCUUGGGUUAUCUUAACCCAGCUUUGAACAACUCGGCCCUGGUCAACUACCUAACUAACUAACCAACUAACUGACUGACUGACCGAUGACUAAUUGUCAGAUUAACUAAAUUACCAACUAUCUAACGGACAGACACUAUACAUGGAGACUUGUCAAGGAAAAACUUGUAUAAGAAUGUUAUUUUAUAUACACCUACUACCAAGGCAAACGUGGAAGGAAAAAUUUUAACGUAAAUGCCUUUUAAUGUGCUAUAUGGUUAAGAUUACGGAGUUGCAGACUAGACUUGACUUACCAAAUUGUAUAACACUUAACUGUCUCUUAUCUCCCUCAACGACGAACAUUGGGUACGGAUUCUCAGGGAGAGGACAGUGAGUGACGGCCUGACGUGAUCAAUUUGAUGAGCAAGCUAGACCGUCGACUACUGGCUAUUGAGAUAAAGUUUUAUCUUUGGUCAGUUUUAAGUGGCAGAUAUCAAUUCUAGGUAUCUAUCUCUUGCUUUUAACACAAGAUUUAAAGCUCCUUUGGUUUUGUUUUUUUUUACAGGUUCUAUUACCUACAUUGUGAUUGUUGCUCUUUUGGCAGUUCUAGUAGUUAUUGUGUUGUUCGUCUUGGCACUCUGUUGCCGGCGUAGAUGCAAAGCGUCAAAUUCACAACAACUACAAACUCUUCAAGGGACUCCUGAGACAUCAUCAGUCGCGGGAUCAGUCGCUACGACCGAUUCAGGUAAUCUAAGUAAUGACAUAAUAAUCGGAUCAUAAGGUUCCUUUUGAUCCAUCUUCAAAUACUUUUCUCAUUUAGUUUAGCCUGUGCCAGGCUCUCGGACAGGGUGGCGAGCGAGAAAAGCUAGAUAGCAGUGAGGUAGCGAACGAGAAAAAAUGGCGGGAAGAUAGAAGGGGAAGCCUGUUAGCACCGCCGACUACCCCGGCCUCUUCCUGAAAAACAGUUUCUCGUUUCAGAGUGUCAGAUAAUUGACGUAGUGAGAGUUGAAAUAAACUGUCACAAUUGACCAAUCAUAGGGUCUACCAGGCAGGAGCUGGUAUACUGGAAUCAGAUAUUGAAAAAAAUUAUUACAUGCUCCACUAGUCGUCUCUCCACAAGUCCCACGCAAUUUUCGCUCAGCUUUCUCGAUCCGCUUUCCUGACUAUCUUGGAAUAUGGAACAGGCUACAUUCAGUCACAUACUGACUUUUUAUAUAGUUUGGUAUGCACUGUGCGGUAUAGAAAUGGCUUUUAAAAUACUUUACAAGUGCAGGAUGCAUACUUUCUGCGAGUGCGGUAGUUUUGCUCGGCUUACAACUUUGCGGAAGAUUUAUAUCUCAUCUUUCAAGGGGACACAAUGAAGUCCAAAACGAAAACUGGAGACUGCUAUCACGGUGUGUAGAACAAUGACAUUAACUUGACAGUCUCGAUAGAGGAUUAUGUCAACCUACUUGUUACCCUUUAUCACGAAAAACACAAUUUAUGAUGCAAAAGUUUGGUCGGUUCAGAGAGGUCAUUAAGAGCGCUUACCAUUUGCACGGAAAGUUCACUAAAAUUUUCCGUAAAAAGAUACGGUCUUGUUUUUCGCACAGUAAAAAAGGAACGGGAUUGAGUUGUACCAUUUACAAAAUACCUUUGUCCACUUUUUCUUGAGAGGAAGCAGUUUUCUAUACAAAUGGUAAGCGCUCUAAGUCACUGCUGAUAACUGCCUACGGACAAUUGUGCGCUCAUGCGCAUUACAGACAGUGCUCUGCUUAUGCGCAUGCCCAGUUUGGACACCGUCUUUGAAGGACGAGAUGGCGACCGGCUCCGCAUUUCCCCACUAAAUUACAAAACCAAACAAACAUAACAAUCAUUGCACUUGGUUCUCAAAAUAUCGUGAUUUGUCGGUAUCUGGCAGAACAGUCAUUGCCUCUGAUCAGGGGCAAUGAGCGAUCUUCUCGUCCCCAACAAAUCACGAUAUCAGCACCGCCCAGUAAUAGUUUAAGACGUGACGACUUAUUUCCAUCCAUGCCCUUUACCUAGACAUUAAUGUAUCUUUUUUUUUUUUUGAAAUUGCAGGAUCUGACAGGUCAUCUGACUGUCAAAUCUCGGAAGGCCAAACCAAAUCGUAUCGUCAGACUUAUGUUUAAGAAGACAAACCACAGCAGCAACUACAAAAAAGGAACAUACAGAAUACAUGAGAUUAAUCCCCGCACAACUCUUAAGUGCGUUGUAUGUUCUUAAAAAACAACGCUGUGAAUUUACAGUGAAGUAGUAUGUACCACUUUAAUAAUAAGUGAUCACUAACGAACGAAGGGUUUUCCUUGUUCUAGAUUUUAUGGACGAACUUUCUUAACACGUUUCUAAGUAAAAACGUUAAAAUGGUGGAAACUAUUUUCUGCAGUUUGUAACGUAGUUGAAGUUAGUCUGAAGUUCUUUUCUAUGAAAAGGGAUAAGUAAUGUUUUGUAAAACACGUUUAAAUUUUACCCUCUUUUUAGGAAACAAGAAGAGAGACUUUAUUUUUUGUAGCAAAAACCAUGUAAUGUAAGGAUUUACAAUAAAAGUAGUUUAAAGUAAAAUUAGAUUGAUGAUUUUUCAGUUACUGACCCAGUUAGAGAAAGAAUCCAGGGGUCAAUUUAAUAAGCCUUUUACACUUGCAAUUUACAAGAGUAGCCGUUCUUUUACAGUCUGAUAACAAUAGCUACACUUAUAAAUUACCCGUGUAAAAGUUUUUAUUAUUAAAUUGACCCCAGGUGCUCCCAAUAGGAGUCGAACCUAUGAACUUUUGGGUACCACUCCAAAUGCUCUACCAGUAUAUAAGCCACAAGAGACUUAAGGAAGCUAAGGACAUUAUUAUACUCAAGUAUUCAGCAGGCUUCAAAUUCACUCCAUCACGUUUCUAUCGUUGUGUACUUCCUCGAAUAAGCGCCCGGGGACUUACUUCAAAUUUCAGUUAAAAUGAUAGGCGCUUAUUCGUGAGGGAGCUUAUUACGUUUUCCACUAAAGGAACUAGAGAACGGUCUAGUUGUUCCCAAGACGUUUACGGCAUUUACCAAGAGCGCACAUAAAGGACCUCUUCAAGCGCGUAUGGAUAUAGACAGCUAUUCUCCCAUAAUGAUUCCGCUGUAGUUGAUGGCUAAAAGGUUAAAAGUAAAGCAGUCAUAGAAGCUGGUUUUCCCUGUAUCCCUACCAUUUAAAAAAGUGAGGGGUCUGGAGGAGGGCGCUUAUUUCGGGAGAGCGCAAAUUAGAGCGGGGGCUUAUUCGAGGAAAUACGGUAGAUGAUUAGUACUUGCCCUAAGUACUUAGCUUAUCGAUCGAUGGCUUAAAGUGGUGCCUAGCAAGGUGGAACCCUUGGAUAAAAAUCAUAAACUAUUUAGGAGGAUCCAUAUUUUGUUCUAGAAAAGCUUGACGCUCAUGCAAGCUUUACGAACUGACUGAAAAGUGUCCAACAGGGGUAAAUCACGCCCUGGUACUGCUCCCCCCCCCAGUCCCCCCUUAUUCCACGGGAGACUCGACGGGAGAGAUAACGAGCCGAGAAUUUCCCUCCGCUUUUACGUAAGAUGCUCCGCCACGCAACAAUCCAGAGAAACUGCCAGCGGUCUCACUUUCUCCCGCUCAGAGGCUCAUAGUGGCAUGACUAAGGUUAGUCUCCUUCGCAGCCGUCAUUAGGGUGUUAUGCAACGCUCGUCAACUAAUGGGGGGGGAGGGGAGGGGAGCGUUGCCUUACGACGGCUGCGAACGAGUCUGGAGGAGAGUGAGUGGGCGCAAAAUUUGGUAGGCCUUUGUACCUAUUAUAUAAUGCUAGCAUUUUUUGAAAGUGAGGCAAAAGCAUUAAGUAUUAUUCGAGCAUUUUAGUGGCAUUUUCCCGGAAAAAUUUUUUUUCUCACAGAAAAGAAAAUGGAACCAUUUUUGAAGAGAUUUGACGUCUUUACAAAAAUAAUUCAAAAAAUAUAUUCAAAUUUUACCUUAAUAUAUAUAACCUUUUAGAUGAUCUUUUUGCUAUAUUGAAAUUAUUUAUUUGUAUACAUUGUUGUCAUACCACUUAUACAUUCAGUUGUUAGCCUUAAGCCUCCCUUGAAAUGUUUAGAAUUAAUAAAAAAAAAGGCCUCAUUAUGCCGAUUAGAUCCUUUAUUAGCUAUAGGAUCCGGUCCUUCUUUUUUGUAAGCUCGUCCUUGCUUUAAAAAUUGAAUCUAUAUGAUCGAGCAUUUUAGUGACUUUUUGGGGGACUACCGAGCAUUUUAGUUGGAAAAAUGGAGGAUUAACGUGGAGUAUAUUAGUGGAGAAACAAAAGCAUGAUGUACAAAGGCCGAAACGUUGGCCCUUUCUUUCGGUUUUCGCACCUGGACUCACUUCGCACAGCAUAAAUCACGACGCCCCCUCAAACCUCUGCGUCGGCUAUCGGCUAAAAUUAAUUUGGACAGUACUGCCAAAUAUAACUGACCCCUGCGCUGCCCUCUGCACCCCGUGACGUCAAUUUGGGACACUUAUCACCGCGCCCUUGUUAAAUAGGCGAGCCGAAGGGUCGGAUCGGAAGAAAGGAAGUUAAAAACGAAAACAAACCAAUUAGAGACACUUGAAUCACAACUUGAAAGAAACGCAAACAUUUUCACAGACCGCUGGUUAUCGAGAAACCAUUUUGAGAACAAAUGAUGGCAGGCAUUAGUAUUGAACCAAAAACGAGAAGUCCAAAGACUACUGCAAAGCAGAUCAGAACACCGUGUAUUAUUUUUCAUAACACUAGAAUAUUUCGGCUGGCUAUACCAGCCUUCUUCAGGUUUACAGAUUAGUGCUGAAAUGGCGCGUGCAUUCAGAGUGUUUGCAAAACAGUUGCAUGUUUCACACAUUCUCUUUGUUUCUUUCUUUUUCUUUUGUUUAGUUUUUGCUGUUUCCACGGAGGAGUGCGUUGACUACAUGCAAUCUGUUACUAUGUUAUACAUGAGACAGCUUUAUCGGAAAGCGUGCAACACACGUAGAUUCACGUUUUUUUUUUCGCCCACUAAACUUGGAAAGGAAUUUUUGGUGGAUACACAAAAAGAUCGAUAACCCAAACGCCCAAUGUUUAUUUUUCUCUGAUUCAAGGGUUUCAUAUUGCGCAAUUUUUGACUGCUUGAGCUAGUGAUAUUUGUAUCUUAUUUCGAUUUUGGAUUUAGUUACAAUGAUCUACAGGAUUACAGGAAAAAGUUACAGUGCUUUCAUGUCAUUUCCCCUUGUUUUAUUUUAGUUUUUUGCAGUAACUGCUUAUGACUCAGCUACAAUGUAGCUUGCAAAGAAUUUGUGUGGCCACUUCCUUUUUCCUGCGAACAAAUUGCGUGAUAAAUUCGUUUACCUCCGUUUACCUCACUUACCACCGUAAUUCCGGACGAAAUUACUAAAAUCGCCCUAAGUGAUUGUGGGCAGAAAUUGGUGCGGUUGAAGUCUUACUACGCCAGCAUCACACUGAUAACUGCAAGGCUAAUAAAAUGCAAGUUUUCGCAAGAGUUGAACCGUUUUUUGGAUCCAGUUAAGCCUUUGAGUUCUUUUAAACAUUCCAGAGUCUUCUGGGAUGAGGUCGGGAAGGUUCGAGUGAUACGUGUGGCGUAGCUCGUCUGGGAAUGUGACAGCAAGAAGAGGAUAUCCGUUGUCAUAACUUCAGCUCGGUUCUUGAGCUGUUAUAAACGAACACCGUGGAACGAUGCUGUCUCAAACUGAGGAACAACUAGACAAGUAAGGAUCCAAACGAAGGAAAACGAACUUUUUUAAAAAAAGCAUAUCAUAUCAGGUAAGUUAAACUUAAUUGAAAACAUUAUCCCAUAAGUCAAUUAAAAGAAUAUCAAAUUAAGUAGACUUAAAGCAUCUUUUAUAGUCAUAUCAAUUCAGCAAAGAACCGGCGAUGGUGCUAUCACUAAGAGCAAAGCCGGUGAUUGACUGGGUUAAUAUUUUGAGUGCGGUCUAAUUAGUAGUUCUCUUACUUAUUGCAGCCAUUUUGCGAAUUAUCAAGAAGAAAACGAAACAUGCAGGGAAUUUUUGCUUUGAUUCUUCUCCUUCCCAUGCUGGGAAAUUCAGGUAUUUUUCUUCCUUUCUUUUGUCAUUCACUUAAUGUUCCUGGUAUACUAUGAAUCAAAACCUCAGCUCAUUUAACACUUAUUAUUUACACCUCAGUUUUUCCUCUGGAGUUAACACUGGGUGAUUAUGUUCGAAAUUUUUACCUUUGUGCCUAAAUCGUAUCAUGUGACUAUUCACGACUAGUAUCGAUUGUCCGCAACUUCACAAAAUUACCUUGUCAGGCACUUCUUUGAAUAAGGACUUAAAACUAUGAUUCUAAAGUGAAGUUUUUUUGGUCGUCAGUUAAGUUACGCUAAAAAGUACUGACGUCCUACGCAAGGUUUGCGUUAGCCACUACACCGACAUACGAAAGAGUACACUGUCAAUUUCAAAAAGUGUUCAAAUGGAAAAAAACAGUUAUAUAACGAAGUGAAUUUUUCUUCUCUUUAUAUAUAGUCCAUGUUGAAAAUGAAUAUUGCAGACCGCGUCCUACAUUAGUAGCCAUCGACAACCCACACUACAAGUUCUUUCCGUACUUCAUCAAUCUGCAUAGAUGUGGUGGAUCCUGUAAGAAGAUUCAGCCUUCAGUUCGGUCAUGCGUGCCAUCACAGUAUACUGAGGUCCCUGUUACGGUGCAAGUAGUUGGUACAAGACGAUGGACGCAAAUUAGCAUGCAGAACCACACUAGCUGUGGAUGUGAGUGCACCUUGAGUCCGAGCCAGUGUGACCCGAUUUGGGAGAACUGGAAACCAGACCUUUGCCAAUGCAGGUGUAAAUAUGGUGAUAAGCCACCAAAGCCUUGUGGGAAUGGGCUCGUCUGGAGUAAAAAUAUCUGCAGAUGUGUUUGUAAUAAGGAGCCAGAAAUAUGUCCACCAAAUAAGGUAUGAUCACUAUGCAAUUUACGUCAGCGUCGCUUGAGCUACUUACGUUCCUGGUACGAUUCGCCACGACGACUUUUAGCAGAACACAGCGUUGCAACAUUGUUGCGACAUUGUUUCGGAUGGUUACAACAUUGUUCCAACAUUGCAGCGCUGUGUUGCACUAAAAUCGUCGUUGCGAAUCGUCUCGUGUAACAUAACCUCAAACUCGUCCCCAGGGCUUUUCCCUUAAAAAAUGGUCCCACCCAUUUUUUAAGGGAAAAGCCCUGGGGACGAGGUUGACAUCACCUUUACGCAUCUCGGCUAGGAAAUGGUAUACGUUGUCUUUCGUUCACCGCAAGAGUUGUCACCAAGAUUCGAUCUGAGUGAUUUUCAUUUACGCCAGGAAAAUGGUAUAAUUAACUGAGUCUAGUAUAACUUGUGUGUUUUCAGGUUUGGAGCUCAGAAAAGUGUGGGUGUGUUUGCACGGAAGAGAGAAUUAGGAACUGCACAAAAAUGAAAAACUCUGUAGACGAAGAAACAUGUAUGUGUACCAGCACGAUAUCGGAACCAGAAACGGGCAAAGUAUCCUCUACUAAACCCACACAGAAAGGUAAGAAUGUUUUGCAAAAGUCACCUAUCAAGGUACCUGGAAUGAGCUAUGAAAUCACCUUGACUGACACAAUGAACGUUACCAGCUCAAACCAUUCCGUGGUUCUUUUUUUAAGAAGUGCCCCACCCUUGUACGGAGCAAAUUGUUUUUGCUGGAAAUAUCUAUAAGUCACCACUGUUCAUCAGCAGGAUACCUAAGAUGUUUUCAGUUCCACGAUUAGUUUCAGCUCCAUUAAAUCCCGGCUAUAAAUUCGAGCUAUUUUGAUAGCAAAAAAUACUUUUUAUAAACAAAAGCAAUAUAUUAAUAACUAAAUCAAUUGCUGUUGUUUUCUUUUUCUCAGGUGGAUUUCCUCAGGAAUUUUACAUCGCCCUUUUCCUAGGACAGUUUGUACUCAUGUAUUUGGUGUUUGAUGCCAUCCUUUACCGCAAGAAAGCUGGUCUAAUUUACCGUCUAACGAGAAGUUGUUCGACGGAUAAAGGUAGUUUGUCUGAUUACUUUAUAGCAAUAUCCUUUUCGUAUAUCAUACAUGCAGAAGCCCAAGCAAUUAUCCAAACAAAUUGAAACCACGAUAAAAUAAUGACUGGCCUAAAGUAUCAACUGCAAUUUUGCGAUUGCGUUGGCUUCACGCUGCUUUGUUUGUUAUUAGAGAGAUUUAGAGUCAUGUUAACGGUAAACGGCAAACGUCAGAUUCAAGGUGAGAAUUUCUCAAAAUAGAAAACAUAAGCAGAUAAAAACUGUCCUGAACAAUUCUUAUGGAUAAAGCUGGCGAGAAACCACGCAUUUUUACGUAGAAUUAAUAGUUAACACAAUUAAGGGGAAAACUUGGUCAUGUGGGACAAAUUUAGGUUUGCCGUUUGGCGUAAACGUGACUCUAAAUCUCUCUAUUGGCUUAAAAAUCUCGCGCCACUUCGCCAAACAAUCCUCACCCCGCAUACGUUUUCCCGCGCUUACGCUUGCGUCUGCGCACAUUUUGAUUGGUCAAAAAAAUUACUAUGGGUCUGAAUUUACGACCCUCGAAUAUUAAAAUCUAUCUCGUUUAUAUCAAAUAAAAAUAUGUUAUAUUAGGGGAGCAAGUUAGUUCGUAGAUGAGCCAAAGCUUUCACAAUUUACAGGUUACUUAAAACAUUUUUUCUCUUACAGUAACUAUUACUGAAAGUCGUUCAAACAUUGAAGAUUCAAGAGAAGACAUCUUCAGUCAAUCCAACAGUGUAGUAGUCAUGACAGAUCUACCCACACAGACUGGGGAAAGGAACAUGGCGGCGAUCAGUGAUGUGUAG